UCGACUUUGACUUCACGAUAUCUCUUUGAAAUUUAAACCAGCCACUUCAAGACAAGCCGACAUUUUACUCAGACCAACCAACUAAUAUUGCGAGAAUCAACAAAAUAAAAUCAAAAUGGCGGAAAACCUUGGUGAUAUCGAUAUCGACCUUAAUACCGACAUAAUUCGAGAAUGGCAUUCAAUUGUGACCCUCAUUGCCUUUGUCCUCACCAAUAUCAUUGUCCUCUUCCCCUUUCAUAUCCCAAUACCAUUCCCUCGCUCAUUCAAGAAUGGCAUAUUGAAUGGUCUGUGUAAAUUGAGGGUGAUAGGGCCGCGAGAAGGCCGACCUCAGAAUGAGUCUGGUGCUAUCACUGUUCCCGGCGAAGAGCAGCAGGAUGAAGGUGGGUAUUGGGUGAAACUAAGGUUCCCAAUGAACUUCAUUACGGCGCCUUUAAUAGCAGACCUUUUCUUGCUAGCUAUCCAGGCAAUUGGUCGAGCCGAGGUCUAUGGCGGAACAAUUGGUGCUAACAACAUCUCUCCUAUCGAUAUCAUGGCCUUCUUCAUAACGCUAGCGUAUAUUGCCAUCUCUAUUGAUGCCUCCGGCCUCAUCAGGUACCUAGCGUUCAAGGUACUUCAGAAGGGAGGGAGGUAUGGUCACAGGCUCUUCUUCUACUUAUACGCUUUCUUCUUCAGCUUGGGUACCUUCAUUGGAAACGACCCUAUCAUCCUCUCCGGUACAGCCUUUCUCGCGUAUAUGACAAGGGUUUCAAGCAACAUCGUACACCCGAGAGCCUGGAUCUUCGCCCAGUUUGCUGUGGCGAAUAUUGCCUCGGCCAUCCUCGUGUCCUCAAAUCCUACCAACCUCGUGCUUGCUGGCGCCUUCGAUAUUAGGUUCAUCUACUACACCGCUAACAUGAUCGUCCCUGUUGUUGUCACGGCCAUUGUUCUUUUCCCCUUUCUCCUUUAUAUCGUCUUUGCGGACGAGUCCCUCAUUCCGCUCUCGAUACAGAUGCAUGAGCUCUCAGAGGAAGCGAGGGCUAGGACGCCGGUCAACCCUAAUAUCCCCAAUGCCAGAGGAAACGCAGAGGAAGAAGAAAAUGACCCGGCAAAUGGCGAACAGGCCCAGCUACUAUCUCUCGAAGAAAUCAUGAAUCCUUUCCUAGACAAAGGCGGUGCGGGAUUUGGAGCCCUUAUUAUGGCUGCGACUCUAAUCACUCUUCUCGCGCUGAAUGCUGCAAGCCAGACUUCGAACGAACAUCCCGUAUUUUACGUUACCCUACCGGCCGCCUUCGUUAUGUUCUGCUGGGAUAUUGCGUUUGGAUGGCUCCACCGCAAAGAGACCCGCAAGAUCGCGCGUGAUGGCCGACGAGAGGUUGAGAGAGCUCGAGCGGAACGACAAGCUAGACUAGAAGAAAUGGAGCGGGCUGCUCUAAACGAGAACCGGGAAUCAGAACCCCUAAGUGAUACGGCACCCAAUCAACCUCCGACGGAUUCAACGGACCAUACCACUCAGGGCCGUAGCAACGAUGAUAACGGUAUAGAUAUCCAUCCUGGCCUGCCUAACGCAAACAUGGAAAAUGAAAAUAGGACAGGGCCGACUGCGGAUGUUACAGCAUCAUCAAAUGAUAAUGAAAUACAAGACGCCCGCCCUUCGACUAGUGCUAAAAGUACACUUUAUGAGAAGCAAGAGCCGGCGCGAGAAGACUCAUUUAAGCCAUUAGAUACAGUUGUGGGUGGAACGAAUUGCGGUGCAUCAUUCGAGCGACAAGUCGACGCUGAGAAACAAUCCCAUUGCAGUGUCACAGUCCAUGAGCGUAAAAAAGCGACGCUUGUGUCAUUGCUUGCAGAUUCCUACAGAUGGUCACAAGAGACAUUCCCAACGGCGACGGCGGUUGCUGGCCAUCUACCUUAUGCGCUCGUCCCCUUUGCGUUUUCCAUGUUUGUCCUCGUGCAAGCAUUGGUUACCAAGGGCUGGGUACCAGUAUUCGCCUACGGAUGGGAUCAUUGGGUGGAGAAAACGGGAACAGUUGGUAGUAUUGGCGGCAUGGGAUUCCUCUCUGUGCUGCUCUGCAACUUUGCUGGGACGAAUAUUGGAACGACCAUCCUACUUUCACGCGUAAUACAGGCGUGGCAGAAGAUUCAUGAAGCCAACGGGAUACCGAUUUCUGACCGAACCUUUUGGGCUGCAGUUUAUAGCAUGGCACUCGGUGUCAACUACGGAGCAUUUAGCACGGCGUUCAGCGCAUCUUUGGCCGGUCUCUUAUGGCGCGAUAUUCUCGCCAGAAAACACAUACACGUCAAGCGGGCAGAUUUUGCUCGCGUCAACCUCCCAAUCAUUACCAUAGCCAUGGUUGUUGGCUGUACAGUUUUGAUUGGCGAAGUUUAUAUCAUGAGACCCACUACCCCUUAUGAGAAAUGAUCAUGAUAUUUACUAGAAUCAUAGAUUAGGUAUGAUUAACGAUAUACCAUUAUACCAUUAGAUAGAGUUUUAUUAUGAGUCACGAUUUUCACCAUAUUUGUUACGGUUGCUAUGACACAUUUGACAUUUGACAAUCUGUGGAGGACUUAUAAGGAUAAAGAAGGGCCAAGCUUUCAUAACAUAUUACUGCGUGGUGUAGUGGCCCAAGUGGUGAUUGCCAGGAAG